GGAGGGAAAUAUUUCGAUUUUGAUCAUUGCUCAUCGCUGACAGAGCGCAUCUCCAUCGCUGCUGCUAUCAUGGCCAUCCUCUUCGGCGUUCACUUCAACGACAAAAAGCUCGUCUCGCGAGCAUUGACAUCCUUCUACGGCAUCGGUCCAAUCAUUGCCCAACGUCUGAUGGCAAAGUUCAGCAUCUACAAACUCGCCAAAGUCGGGAAUUUGAACGACAAACAAGUCACCACCCUUGCCGAGGAGCUCAGCGGCAUGACCAUCGAGAACGACUUGCGGAGACAACUGGUUCAGAACAUCCAGAGAUUACGAGACAUGAGCAGUUAUCGGGGCAGGCGACACGCCAUGGGUCUACCAGUCAGGGGACAGCGGACGAGAUCACAGAUCGUCACAGCACGGAAGCUGAAUCAAGUCGAACGACGCGGUUAAGCAUGUAUGAGAUAUUUGUGUUUAACAUAGCGACGGCGUUCUGGGACAAUUCGAUUGGAAAAGUCUUUAUCUAUACCCACGAGGUCAACCUGACAGAGAUGGGACAGCAGGUCGUGCUGUCCGGGAUAUCAUUUUCCAUGUAUCAUACCGAGCCUCUGGAGGCUUUUCAGCUGACGAUACUUCUUCCUCCUAUCAGAAAGUUCGUCUUGUUCCCCUGCCAUGCCUGUGCAUCCAUGUCAACAGUGGAAAUCUUGAAAUUCCUCCCGGGCUUUUUCUGGCAGCUCUUGACGAAUUAGUUACCCUGAUGAUGCGGGAUAGUUCCGAGAUGUUUUGCAGCCCUGGGACAAACGUAUGGUGAGGAAUGUAACAGCACCACGCCGGGUCGCCGACG